AUGGUGAAAAUGUUGGAGGCAGCCAGAAGGCUGAGGACAAAAAUGUGGAAGAUGACAAGGACAAGAACACUGAGGAAAAAGGAGGUUUGUUAUAAAUUAUAAUUGUAUAUUGUAAUACUUCAUCAGUUAUUAAUUAACCUACAGACUGCAGGUAAGGUAAAACUAUUUAGAUAAAUAUUUAAAUACAGUACCCACAAAUUGUAUUCUUCAUAAUGAUGUGAACAUUGUAAUGAUUUCAUUGUUUCUCUUUUUAGUUCUGCUGCUUUCAAGUCAACAUCUAUUAUGUAAGUUUUUGUUUGUAUGAAUAUGAUGCCUGACAUUUGUAUGUCAGUAUGUGUACUCACCUGACCUGCAUACUGUAGCUCAAACAUUGUUUUAUGCUUGCCAUAGCAUGCAUUGUUUAACAAAUUUAACUUUAAGUUAUUCUCAGAAAUUUUCAUUGGAAAGUGUAUUUAUAAUCAUUGAAAAUCUAACGUUUUCCGCCAUGUUGAUUUUGUUUGUCUCGUUUCCAGUCUCUACUCUCUUUUAGUCAUUGAUUUCAAAUUUCAAUUUGUAUUAAGAACAUUUUGACCUGCAAAUAAAUUCACACAACGUCUGUUUAUAUGUUAUUCACUAUUGUAGUAUUUAGUAAUUAGUAAUAAAUAGUAAUUACGUACAUAUAACAGACUUUGUUCUUGACUAGUUUCAACAUUUCUAUUGCUACAGUGAACCAAUUUUAAGUGGAGGUUCAGUUGAUCCCACACCCCCUAGCCAUCAUAGCUAUCAAAGUUCACUGGAUAGUUUCCUACCCACCCUUGAUCUAAAGGAACCAGGAGGUUUUAAUAUCGAAGAUUGGGCGGAAAAAGUUGCGACUAAGGUGGCACAAAAGCUAAGUUCCCAAAAAGAAGUGACUUCUGGAGCCACAUAUAAUCCCUUUCCGAGUAAGUCCCUUAAAGCAGGUAAUUUGUUUCAACUACUGGACGAGGUGCCUGAUUUUGCGUUAUUUAAUGAGGAGAACAGCCGGGUAUUGCAGUGUAGUAGUUGUGCAGAGUUUUUGUCUUCUCCUCGGGUUUCCGUUUCGUCCUCGUUUCGUCGACCAUCUGGCAGAACAGAUGGAAGUUUGGCAACCGGUCUGCACUUAUCAGAUGAUGUAUACCAACAACUGGUUACUGGUAAGUGCGAUAAAUGGUACCAUCAGAAACAAGGGGUGCCUUCAACAUCUUUCUUCCGAAACACACAAUAACGCUUUGGGUUAUGUGAAGUUGUUAAAACAAGGGAGAUCCAGGGAGGUGAUCUUUGUUAAGAAUCAACUUCGUGCAGCUUUUGGAAUUGUGAAAACCAAGUCGGCUGCAAUCCAAUACGAGGAACGAAUUGUGGAGCUUCAAGCAGCUGGUGCGGACGUCAGCGAUUUUGGUCAUUCCCGGAAAAUGUUUCCGCAAAUGAUUAAAGCGGCGUGUGCCUACAUUGACAGAAAAACGACCAAUUUCCUGUCCACCCCUCUUCCAAACACGGGAAUGCCACCACACUUUUAUGUCACAGCAGACAAGUCCACCAACCAUCAGAUCACCAAUCAGGUUACCGUUAUUUGUCCUGUGGUAGAUGGUAGUCGCAAAGGCAUUGUCCUGGAUGCUAGAGAGGUAUAUACCAACUCUGAUGGGAUUGGUGGUACAGGUGACGCUUCAGCCGCCGCUAUUUUCAAGGACCUGGAGGAACAUGUCAGUUUAAAAGACGAUCGUCUUCUUCAAUUUCAAGGAAGAGUAAUGGAUGGCCAAUACAUCAAUGAACCGUUUAUUGAUGGCAUGAACAAGCCUAUCAUGUGACUGUUGGAUGAUCUCCCAUGCAAAGAACGUUUCUGGUGGCCUGUACAAUGGGAUCCUGCACAUUGGCUGGACAAAGUUUUCAGCACAUUUAAGGAUUCGUGUUUUGUUGAUCGUCUCCUGAAGAGAGUGGCACUUUACCACCAACUUUUCAGGCACGGUAAAAUGCACAGUGUAGCGUGUCACACGGCAAAGGAUCUAAAGCUUCCAUUUCGUGUCACCAAUGCAUAUGCCCAUCAGCGAUUUAUGAGCUCCAGCUACUUGUCACUGAAGAACCUCGCAGACAGUUUGGAAGUGUACAUCGAGACCUUCAAAGACCAUGACAAUCGCGAAGAGAUUGGUUACAAGUUGUGUGGUCAAGACUUCGUCCAUGACUUGUUUGGUGUUCUCGAUUUGUUGUGGCCCCUGGUUGUCCUUAUGCUGCAGUCACAGGCAGAAUGGUAUCCUGGCUGGAAGCUGUGUGCGCAUAUUCCUUUGGUGAAAAGACAAAUGGAACGUUUCAUUGUCGAAGUGCCUAAAGACGACCCUUCUACUUACAUUUGUCCUAGACUGAACAAGCAAGUCGACGAAAUUUGAGAAAAGCGCUAUGGUCGAAGUGAACUGACAUUGGGGUGGUUUGCUCUUGCUGGUGGCGAUGAUGGACUGCCGGUGAAUUGGAACGCACGAGAGUUAGACAACAGCGCUGAUGACUUGAUAGAGCUGGCAAGGAAGGUAAUCAAUGAGCUGGAAGACCGUUACACUAACAGCUUCUCUGAUCUCAAUGCUUUCCAAAUGUUUCGACUUCGUAACAGAAUGCUUUUCAAAUGUUUCGACUUCGCAAGACUAUUUAUUGGAUUGUGUGGAAUACGAACCGAAGACAGAAUCCCCGUGGACAACAAUGCGUUCUCCGAACUUGGGGCAAACGAGUUUCGACGGUGUGUGACCUAUGUUUCACAGAUGCCACACAUACGAGACAAGAAUUUGGAGAUAGGCAUCGAGCUGUCGUCAACUGUCUUUUGGCGUUUCAAGAAAGUUUUAAUUUCUGUCGUCUGGGGUUGUAUGUUUCCCACACACUUCUGCCAAUUCUUCAAAAAAAUCGCAAUCAAAGAUAACAGAGAUUUCUCUUUGAAAGACGUGGUCGUCGGAGAAGGUGUGACCAUGAAAAAGUUCCUGGAUGGCACCCGACAACAAUUCACGCUUUCAGAAGUCUUCGAAGUAGAGUUGAGCAAUGGCGAGACAUGGAAGUUCUUUUUGACGAAGAAAUUGUUAUUAAAUCUUUGUAUACUGACCCUUCCUUUUACUCAGUUGUGGGCCAGGAGUUUUGCCUUAUUUUUGAUAUCUUCUAUGCAAAGAGUGGAGCCGAGGCAGUUGCAGAGUCUUUCAACAGGGUGGUGGACAAGCAUGAAAUGGAAGGUGGACAGAGCAUCCUGGUACUUAUGAAUCGUUCGAAAGUAGAGAGAUGGCAAAAAUGUACAUCAAUGGAGACAAGGAUCUUGGUCUAAGCAGGCAUCAUAUCCCAGUCUACAGAGAUGUCGAUCAUGGCAGAAACAUGAAGGAGAACUGUCAAAGGUUUUGGAUCGAAUUGCAACUUCCCGCCCAAAAUUUCCUUUUCUCUUGUGAUUCUGAUGACUCUUUGUCUUGUUUUGGUCAUAUGGGCUCACCUGUACAAUCUUCACUUUGUAACCUUUCAUUGACAUUACUAUUGAUGCUAAAUGUAACUUACUACAAAUGGAUUUUGGUGACUCUUUGUCUUGUUUUGGUCAUCUGGCAAUCUUCACUUUGUAACUUUUCAUUAACAUUACUAUUGAUGCUGAAUUCAACUUACUACAAAUGGAUUUUGGUGACUCUUUGAAUUGUCUCGUUUUGGUCAUCUGGCAAUCUUCACUUUGUAACUUUUCAUUAACAUUACUGUUGAUGCUGAAUUUAACUUAAUACUACAAAUGGAUUUUGGCGACUCUUCGUCUCAUUUUGGUCAUCUGGCAAUCUUCACUUUGAAACUUUUCAUUAACAUUACUAUUAAUGCUGAAUUUAACUUACUAAAAUGGAUUUUGGUGACUCUUUGUCUCGUUUUGGUCAUCUGGCAAUCUUCACUUUGUAACUUUUCAUUAACAUUACUAUUGAUGCUGAAUUCAACUUACUACAAAUGGAUUUUGGUGACCCUUUGUCUCGUUUUAGUCAUCUGGCAAUCUUCACUUUGUAACUUUUCAUUAACAUUACUAUUGAUGCUGAAUUUAACUUACUACAAAUGGAUUUUGGCGACUCUUUUGUCAUGGUGGACAUGAAAUUUGUUGUUCUUGUGAAAUUGAUAAUAUUUUAGUUAAUAUUAUCGGUUUUUGGAUAUUUUUGACAGUAUUUUUUGUGUGUAAUAUGUUAUCGUGAUUUACAAUGCCAGAAUAUUUAACAGCAGAUCAAUUAAAACAAAUACUGGAUGAGAAACUGGACCAGAAGCUAAUACCGUUGAAUUUGAAAGUUUCUGAACUCAGUACCAAACUUGAAGAUGCAAUGCAAUUCAUUGAUCUGGCUAACUCCAAGUAUGAAGAAGUAAUUACAAAACUUAAUUCUUACGAAAUAGCGAGAAUUGAGAUACAGGAAGAAAACAAGAUUUUAAGGAGUGCUUUACAACAAACUGAAAGCCAAGUGCUUCAAUUAAAAAACUCAUAUCAUGACCUUGAACAAUACUCUUGCAGGGAGUGUGUAGAAAUUCAAGGUAUACCAGCCCCUGAUCAUCCAACUAAGGAAUCAACUAAUGAUAUUGUAAUGAAAAUUGCCAGCAAAUUUAUGGAUAUUGAUAUCACCGAGAAAGAUAUAUCUGUGAACCAUCGUUUACCUGUGAAUAAAGGAUACAAGGGGAACAGACCUGAACCUGCAAUUAUCGUAAAAUUUGUUCGUGGAGAUACUAAAGUGGCAUUUUAUUGA